AUGGGCAGCGAUGAGGUCACUGUGUUCCCCGGUUUUAAAGAAAACCUGACUGAACGGCAUACCUGCGGCCCCGCACCUGCUCCUCCCGGCCCGAGUGGCCUGACCGUGCUAUGCUUUGACAUCACGCUGGCCCCAGAGAGCUGCCCGCGCCCGGUGCCCCGCCGCAUCAUCAGCCGUGCUCACAGCCCGCUUCUCUCUUUGCUUUCAGAGGUGACCGGAGAGUCGCGUCCUUACCAUGGCAAGGAGGCUGUGGAUCCGCGGCAGGGGCGGGCCCGAGGCGGCGAGCCCACGCACUUGCAUGCGGUGAACGUGGCGCAGCCCGUCCGCUUCAGCAGGAAGUGCCCGACAGGGUGGCACCACUAUGAGGGCACAGCCAGCUGCUACAGGGUCUACCUGAGUGGGGAGAACUACUGGGACGCUGCACAGACCUGCCAGCGUGUGAACGGCUCCCUUGCCACCUUCUCCACUGACCAGGAGCUGCGUUUCGUUCUGGCCCAGGAAUGGGAUCAGCCGGAGCGGAGCUUCGCUUGGCAAGACCAGCACAAGUUGUGGGUUGGCUACCAAUAUGUCGUCACUGGCCGGAACCGCUCUUUAGAAGGUCACUGGGAGGUAGCGUUCAAAGGUUCCUCAGAGGUGUUCCUGCCCCCAGACCCCAUCUUUGCCUCGGCUAUGUCUGAAAGUGACAAUGUGUUCUGUGCCCAGCUCCAGUGCUUCCACUUCCCCACCCUCCGCCACCACGACCUGCACAGCUGGCACGCCGAGAACUGCUAUGAGAAGUCUUCGUUUCUGUGUAAAAGAAGUCAGACGUGUGUUGACAUCAAGGAUAACGUGGUAGAUGAAGGGUUCUACUUCACUCCUAAAGGGGAUGAUCCAUGCCUGAGCUGCACCUGCCAUGGAGGGGAGCCUGAGAUGUGUGUGGCUGCCCUUUGCGAACGGCCCCAGGGCUGCCAGCAGUACCGCAAAGACCCCAAGGAAUGCUGCAAGUUCAUGUGCCUGGACCCAGGUGAGACUGACGACGGCAACAGCUUGUUCGACUCCAUGGCCAGUGGGAUGCGUCUGAUAGUUAGCUGCAUCUCCUCCUUCCUCAUCCUGUCCCUGCUGCUUUUCAUGGUCCACCGGCUGCGCCAGAGGCGCCGGGAACGCAUCGAGUCCCUCAUCGGAGCAAAUCUGCACCACUUCAACCUCGGCCGGAGGAUCCCCGGCUUUGAUUAUGGCCCGGAUGGAUUUGGCACAGGCCUCACACCGCUACACCUUUCUGACGAUGGAGAAGGGGGGACUUUCCACUUCCAUGACCCUCCACCUCCCUACACCGCAUACAAGUACCCCGACAUCGACCAGCCAGAUGACCCACCGCCACCCUAUGAGGCCUCCAUCAACCCCGACAGCGUGUUCUACGACCCUGCAGACGACGAUGCCUUUGAGCCAGCAGAGGCUGGCCCACCAACCCCAGGGGAUGGUGGCGGUGAAGGUGCCUCAUCACGGUGCCUGGAACAGCCUCUGCCCGCCACAGGGGCCCCUCUGGCAGACCUGGAAGACUCAGCCGACAGCAGCAGCGCCCUACUUGUGCCCCCUGACCCCACGCAGAGUGGGAGCACCUCGGCCACAGAGGCACUGCCAGGGGGUGGCCACCACAGCCGCAGUUCCCUCAAUACCGUGGUGUAGAGGACGGCCCGGCCCUCAGCCCCGACGGGCGGGGAGCAUCCAUUUGCUGUGAAGAAAACACCGAUCCCCGUGGAGACUUGAGGGGCCUCUGAGUGAGCCUGGACCCAACUGCAGCACACACUCACUCACAGCAUGCGGGUGCACAUGGAGACCACGCCACCUCCUGAGGGAGCGAGCACCUGCACCCAGUCUCCUUCAGGGCUUCAAAGACAUGCAUAGCUUUGGGUCACUGUCCUUUUUAAGCGGCAGAAGAAUGACAAAGUUUGUUCAAACUAUAUGUUUGAGAAGUAGGGAACAAAGAAGGUGGUGUGGGCCUGGGCGGGGGCCUAGCCACACCCAGCCUUCCCAGCUUUGGUGGGCUGGCUUGCUGCAGCAUGCCAUCCAGAGGAGCCUGCUGCCCACCCAGGACGGCCACAGUGCACCUCUCUGGCCACUGCUCUGGAGGGCACUUCUGGGCGCCAGGGUAUUUGUGGACUGUCAGUAUCGUCUGGGCGGUGGACUGGUCUGCUGCAGGGCAGAUGGCCUUGGAGGUUGCUCCAGUGGCUGCUCUGGGGGUGGCUUUCCACGAGUCCAGCUGUGAACAUUGAGGGUGACCCUGCCCCAGGCUGGGGCCUGGCCUGGGUCUCUGUUGCCCGAGGCCCUGGGAAAGGGAGCCUGAAGGAGUUUGAACUCUCCACUCUGUCUUUCCAGGUGGCUCUGCAAAGCCCAGUUCUGUGCCAGGAGGCCCUGGCCCGGCCCCUUCAGUUUUCUCCCCAGCAUUACUGUGCAUGGCUCCCCCAGGAGGUGGCUCUGGAGCUGGACCAAGGCCCUUGGCCAUGCAUGAGUGUCCUGGCCCUGGAUCCUCUGCUGGGGCUUGGGAGCAAAGCUGGCUCCUGUCUGCUACCCUCUGGAGCCCUGGAGCCCCUCCUGUUGAGUUUGCCCCUGGGGCUGGCCUGCCACCAUUCCACCUUAUUUGUGCCAUAAAAGGUUGUUUCCUUAGGGGGAGGGGUGGCUGAAAGUAGGUUCUGGGCCGUGUCCAUCUCCUGAAAGUCCACUUCUUGCACACCACCGCCACCACUGGAACCAAGUGCCCUGUGACCGCAUGCCACCUUCCCAUCCUCAGCAGCGCGGGGUGCUGGGUGCUCUGCCCAGGGGCCUUUUGACCGAGGGACCCUGAUGCCUGUUCCUGGGCAGUGGUCUUGUCUCCUGACACGGGGCUUUUACCAUUUCUGAGGUUUGGAGAUUAAGCGGGUUCUGUGCGAUUUUUAGCACAUCCAUAUCUUUUCUAUGUUGAAUGUUUGGAUCUCUUCCUUUGUGUGUGUGUGUGUGUCUAUGUCUAUGUGUGUCUGUGUGUGUCCAAGUGGUGGCGGUAAACAGGAAUUCGAACAUGGGGCCCCACUUUCCCAGGCUGGCCAUGGCCUCUUGGGUGGCACUGAGGCGUGACCAGAUCUUCGUCUCUGCCCCUUAUCUCAGAACCUGGAGCCCUGUUCCUGAGCCCCCUUGCAGACCAACGUGCAGCGAGGGGAGCAUUGACUUGAAGUGGGUGCUUCUGUGGUGCUGUGGUGACACACCUCGGUGGCACUGCCCAGUUCUAGGCAUGUUCUCGCACUCUCUGCUUAGAAACCUGCUUUGUUCUUCCAGUAUGGAAUGAGAUUCUUGAGUUGCCCCACAGACCUGACUUUUGUCCCUAGAGCUGGCCAGAGGUGUGAGUUUUGUCAUUGAACUGCCUGUCCUUGGGCUUGGCCUGCAGGAGUCGAGUGCUGGAGGCAGGCCUCACGCCCCUUGCUAAAGGGCUGGUCCUUCAUUGAGAAUGGCGUCCUGGGCACAUGUGCCCACGCUGGCUGCUGAAGACAAAGCAGGAAGUGUGUCAUGCCUCGAGUGUGUACUGGGCACAGGCCUUGUGGGUGCCAAGUGAGAGUCCUGAGCAUGCCUGCUUUGGACUGAUUACCCUAAUGGAGCUCCACUGGGGCCUGGCCCCAACAGCUCAGGGUCCCUCCCAGCCCCCCCGUGUCUGGCCCAGGCCUCAACACUAUGUGUACAGGACAGGGCAGCUGGCAUGAGAUGUGUGGGACUGGGGAACUUCUUCUGGGGACUGAAGGACUGCUGGGGCCAGUCAGGCAUGCAGGAGGAAGGGGUGGCCUGAAGCAGACCAUGAGGGCUGUAGAGGGUGGGCCUGUUCUGGACUGGCCAGGGUUCUGUCCAACGUUGCUCAGCCUACUGGCGUCCUUAGGCUGAGCAGAAGGCCUGUGUGCAGUGCUGCUCCAGACCUGCCUGCUGCCUGCUGCAUCUCCAGGAGUUGGUGCCCCGGGAGUUCAGCUCUGCUGGAGGGCGGUUGUGUGGGGAGCAGGAGGAGAGCUGGGGUCUGCUCUGUCCAGUCGCUGCCCUUUGUAAGAUCUGGUUGUGCUCCAUGGCCUGGUGAAGAAUCCUGAGGCCAGCCGUGGCUGAGACUCUUGUGCUUCUGUGGGAGAAGGGCACCCCUGCCCCAUGCACACUGGGCCCCUGGAGGGACAGGACAGGCUCUUGGGAGGGCACCCCUCCCUCAGGACCUGACCUGCCUGGUGGAGGUGGGAGUCAAUACUGUACAUUGUCUCAAUGCCUAUUCUUUAUGUUUUCCUUUCACUAAGGGUUUUUAGUUUGGGUUUAUUUUUGGUUGGGUUGGCACUAAUCCUUUUCUUAAGAUGCUGUGAGAACCAUUUCAUCCAAAUGCCAAAUAAAUUUAUGUUCUGGAG